UUGGCCGAAACACAGACAAAAAUUUCAAUUUUUCUCAUAAAACUUCCAAAACGAUUUCAAGACUCAAGAGUCCCCGAAAUUAACCGAGAUUGCAAUUGGAAGUUUUUUUAAAUUUACAAAAAAUGGCGCUUCGUAUUUCGACUGUGGGCAUUAAGAGGAAUGCUCUUCUGGCAGUGGCCCCAACAAGGAUAUUAAGCAUGCCAGUACGCCGCACUCUAAUGGAAAGAAAGAAUCUGCAGCCGUUUUUCACAAAGCCAAGCAUUGUGUUCUCAAGGACGGCGCUCGCACAUCAUUGGGGGGCAGUUCCAGUUGUUGCCAUCACAUUGGUUGGAUUUACCCUGGAAGUACUGACCUGGAUUCGCCUUGCCGUCACCCGGGAUGAUGUGUGGUGGACCAAGAACUCGGGCAACUGCAUGUUUGUGGAGACCCGUAAGGGCUAUGCCGCGCCCAACCGCAAGUUCUUGACAUACAAUCAGAAAUAUGAGACUCCACCUGGACUGAUUGAGGCCCUGCAGGGCAAUACGAAUGGUCCUUCGGAUGACGCGAAGGCAGGCAAAGGUAGUGGCGGGGGCAUUAGUGGCAAGAAGAUCGCAACCCAUGUCGCUCUUACCAGUGUUGCCCUCGGCGCGGCCGCUGCCGGUGCCGUAUAUGCGGGAGUUAUUUAAAAAGGGGUUAUAGAUGGUUGCAAGGCAGCGCUGAUAAGAAUUCUCGCACUAAUCCAUCAUACCCAACCCCACAGAAGAUGA